GUACACUUUCACUCUCAUCAUCGAACUCGAAAACAGCUCAAAAUCCAAUUUUCCCCGAUUUAAAAUCGCUCCGCCAUAAAUGAGCUCGCCGAUCGCCUUCGCCGUCGACGAUAAGGACCUUGACGACGCCGCAUUAUGGGCGGUAAUUGACUCAGCCGCUGCCGCCGCCGCCUCCUCCGCCGUGACCCGGAGACCCCGCACCAAACCGCAGACUCCCAUUCCAUUUCCCCUCAAUUCCCCUCAAAGCUACCGCCGUAGUUACAACCACAGCCCCGACGGCGAGGUAGUGCAGAACAAUCGUCCUCACAAGAUCUUCAGAACGGCCGAGACGCCGCGCGUUCACGCGUCCAGCCCUCCGCAGCUGGCGAUAGUGAAGCAGGUGAGCCGCACGCCGGAGGUUUCUUCGCCGGCGUAUGGUACUGGCUCGAUGGGAAUGAGUAGUUCUGCAGUGACGAGUUUUCAUGGUCCGAUUGGGUCAGAGGCGAGUUACGAGAAAGUGGAGACGAGGCACUGUUUGGCCGGUCAGUUUCCCACUGUUUCGUUGUUCAAGGAUUACCAGAAUGCAGCUAUGGCGAUAUUGGAGAAAAAUGACUACACCAUGAUAUCUGGAAAUCCUUAUAUUAAGAAGUCAGGCUGGAGGAAGAUUUCAUUUUACUUCAAUCUUUCUUAUGAAAUUAAAGACAAGACCAUCGAGUACGAUGACAACCGCAAUGUUCAGCGUGCUGAGUUCAUUGUUCGUGCAUACAUGCAGGGUGGAAGGUUUUCAGAUGGAUGGGGUUCAUGUGAACGACGAGAGAAGAAGUUUCAGAAACCCAAUCACGAUAUUCCAAGCACAGCUGAAACUAGAGCCAAGAACAGGGCAUGCCAGGACUUGCUAGGUAUCGGUGAGUAUCGUCCUGGUGCAAAGCAUUCUUAUGGCUAAGAUGUGGUGAAAAAAUUUCACAAUUAAACUCACUAGAGGGGCAAAUUCAAACCAAUUCAAAAAGAAAAAGAGAACAAAGAAGAAAGGAAAACAGAAAAGGUAUCUUAUUGCUCUUAAUUCUUUCAUCUGCACACCAAAACAUUAUUACAUCAUCUUGCAUAUCUGAAGAUAUUAUGUAACUGUAUUGCAUCUUAUGGGAUCUGAGGAGAUUACGUCAUUGUACCUUCGUGUACAACCUGACAAGAUUAGUAAUUGUGUAACAUCUAUCAUGAUCAGAAAUGAUUUAAUGUGAUUGUACUCCAUGCCCCAAAAACAACUAUUGGGAUAUCAAUUUUUUCCUAUUUUUCUCGAGUAAGCAAAACAAAAAAUUAUUUUAUGCUGAGCUGAAAACUGUACAAUACAUGCAAGGAUAAAUUCUGAUUACGUAGGUGAUGGGAUAAUAUCUGUUUGUUGUUCUUACUGAUACAAUUUCAAAUUAUUCAAUAGUGAAUUAUUGUGGGUCACAUUCUGGAUUUAGAUAAGGUUUCACCUGGGCCCUAUUCGUAUUCAGAUGGGC